AUGGCGAGGCACGGGCGUAUGGAGCGAAUAUCAUCAUCACCACCACCACCAAAUCCACGGGGUGGCAUUAAGCAACAGGUCUACAGUUAUCGCCCUUAUGCCUGGAAUAUCAGAAUAGAAUUUGCAGAUAUUUACCCCUCGGGCGCAUAUAAUGUUCCGUAUCUUAUCUCCUUCCUCCGCCCGGACACCAUCUUCCCACUGGCCACAUGCACCCAUGCACGCUUGCACAUGCCUCGCACCUCGCGGCUCACUUGCUCUUACAAGAACGCGAGUUUCUUCAGCUCGGCAAUUGGAUGUUGGACUUCCAAGACACCCUCUGUUAUCCAGGAGAGGUUUAGCAUGCACACCUUCGCCAUUAUUGUUUCCGUAGGCGUAGAGCGCCUAAACGUUUUCAGUCUUCUCGGUCCGAAAGGCAAAACCGGUCGUGGUACGUACCUGCAUAGGACGAGUCAGUUUGCACGCCUCACCCCGACCAAUGGCCUCAACUCGAUGACGCGGGUUGAGAAAAGUUGA